AUGUCACAGUCUGUUUUUAAACACAAUAUCUCAGCCUUACAGUUACAACAAAGGGAGUAUUAUGCAUUUGGACAGCUUACUGCCUUUAGCAUAUUACAAAUAUCUCCAGGCCCUAGAUGUUUCUCUAAGACUAUAGUUGGUUACAUUUUGACAGGAAAUAUUGAAGACCUCAUGCCAUCUAUUGCUGAAAUCCCAAAUCAUGACAUAACGACCAGUCUUAUUAAAUUGGAUGAACUCUCAAAUGCUGAUGAAUUCAGCGAAAAAGCAAGCUUUGAAAGUGGAUUCCGAUUUGAAGCAGGCUACACGAAGCCAUUUGUGACAAUGUCUGAUAAAGAUGAGUUUCUCAGAUGCAUUGCACUUCACUACACUGUGCUUGUGCCAUUGAGUAAACUUAACCAGUUUGUUGAUGGUUUGAAGACUUGCAAUAUUUUGCAGUUAGUCCGAGAAGAUCCAGAUAUGUUCAAAAGUCGAUUUGAAGUGUCAAACACCAAGCUAACCGCUGAGGAUAUUGACUCCAUUUUCGACCCACAAUUCAGCCCUGUCGAGAGAACAAAUUUUCCAUAG